AUGCAUUUAGUUAUUGUUUUAAUGAUUACAUUGUAUUCAAUUCACUGUACAAAAAGUUCUUUAUCUAUACAACGAAUUAUAUCAUCACCAGAAGAUCAUUUAAUUGAAUAUAUUUAUAAUAAUUCACUGAAUUAUAGUUGUAAUUUUAAUGACUUUCAUUAUUGUUCAUUUGAACAUUCAAUGGAUUGGAGUUUUCAGUUAAGUUUAACAGAAUUCGCUGUACAAAUGAAGUUAGCUGCUGAAAGGGCAGCUAAAAUUGUUCAAAAUUUUCAUAAUAAAGAGACAAGAAAGUAA